AUGGGGCAGUGCUGUGCGAAGGGAGCGGUGUUGUCCGAUCAGGCGCCGCAAUCGGCGUCCUUCAGCAACAAUGAAGCAGCUCAGGGGAGGAGUAACAACAACAGCAGCAGCAACAACCAUCAGGGUGCGGCGAAGUCGCCGUCGUCGGUCCCGACGACUCCGGUCUCCGGGGAUUCAAAUAACGGUAGCUCGUAUGCUGCUAGUCCGUUUCAGAGUCCCCUGCCGCACGGGGUCCCGCCGUCGCCUUCCCCGUCCGGGACGCCAGGGAGGAAGUUCAAGUGGCCCCUGCCGCCGCCAUCUCCGGCGAAGCCGAUCAUGCGGAUGAUGAGGAAGAAGGGCCUGACGAAGAAGACUCCCAAGCAAGGCCCGAUUCCGGAGGACGGGGAGGGCGGCGGCGGCGGUGGGGAUGAGAGCGAGGUCCCGCUGGACAAGAAUUUCGGGUACCCGAAGAACAUUGCGGCCAAGUACGAGCUCGGGAAGGAGGUGGGGAGGGGGCAUUUUGGGCAUACUUGUUGGGCUAAGGGGAAGAAAGGCGAGCUCAAGGGCGAGUCCGUCGCUGUCAAGGUCAUUUCCAAGGCCAAGAUGACAACAGCAAUUGCCAUUGAGGAUGUUCGCCGGGAGGUAAAAAUAUUGAAGUCAUUGUGUGGCCAUAAGCACAUGAUAAGGUUUCAUGACGCCUUUGAGGAUGCCAAUAACGUCUACAUUGUUAUGGAAUUAUGUGAAGGUGGAGAACUUCUUGACAGAAUUUUGUCGAGGGGUGGGCGGUACACUGAGGAGGAUGCAAAAGCCAUUGUCAUUCAAAUUUUAGGUGUAGUUUCCUACUGCCAUCUUCAAGGUGUUGUACACCGUGAUCUAAAGCCUGAGAACUUUCUGUUCACCACUAAAGAUGAGGAUGCUCCAAUGAAGAUUAUUGAUUUUGGCCUCUCUGACUAUGUUAGGCCAGAACAACGCCUCAAUGAUAUUGUUGGAAGUGCAUACUAUGUGGCACCUGAAGUGCUCCACCGAUCAUACAGCGUUGAGGCUGAUAUGUGGAGUGUUGGUGUGAUAACUUACAUAUUACUAUGUGGGAGUAGACCUUUCUGGGCUAGGACUGAAUCAGGGAUCUUCCGGUCUGUGUUGAGAGCUGAUCCUAACUUCAAUGACUCUCCUUGGCCCUCAGUUUCACCAGAAGCAAAAGAUUUUGUGAAAAGACUUCUGAACAAGGACCACAGAAAAAGAAUGACAGCUGCUCAAGCUCUUUCUCAUCCAUGGAUAAGAAGUGAAGCCCAAGAGGUGCCAUUGGAUAUUUUUGUGUUCAAGACAGUCAAGUCAUAUGUUCGUGCCACACCUUUCAGGCGUGCAGCAUUGAAGGCUCUUUCAAAAGGAAUUCCUGAGGAUGAACUUGUCUAUAUGAGAGCUCAAUUUGAGCUCCUAGAACCAAAAGAUGGACAUGUGUCCCUCAACAAUUUCAGAGCGGCAUUAACCAGAAAUGUGACCGAUGCCAUGAAGGAGUCGAGAGUUAUCGACAUUUUACACACACUUGAACCACUAUCUUACAAGAAAAUGGGGUUUGAAGAAUUCUGUGCGGCAGCUAUCAGUACAUAUCAGCUCGAAGCUCAUGACGGGUGGGACAAGAUAGCUAAAACAGCUUUCGAUCACUUCGAACAAGAAGGAAACCGAGUUAUAUCGGUUCAGGAACUGGCACUGGAAAUGAACUUGGGGCCAGCAGCUCAUUCGCUGCUCGCAGACUGUAUCAGAACCUCGGACGGGAGGUUGAGUUUUCUUGGAUAUACGAAAUUCUUGCGUGGUGUGACUAUACGGAGUACGAACACCAGACCCAGAUAG